UCUCUUCCAUGUGAGCAGAAUGCGGCAUUGCAGCUCAAGAGAAUUCUGGGUGCGAAAACACAGGUGGUGGCGGGAACGAUGCACCAUCUCACCCUGGAGGUGGCAGACGGUGAGACCAAGAAGGUCUACGAGGCCAAGGUCUGGGAGAAGACUUGGGAGAAUCUCAAACAGUUGGAGGGAUUCAAGCAUCUCCAUGACGUUCCUUCCCACGCUUGAGCCUUUCGCUCGGUAACUAUCCUUCCUACUUUGAUCUUGUAUGACAUGACGUGUAUUGCACGUCGUUUUAUGCUCCGGGAUCGAAGAAGCUCUAUAUGGCAACCAUAACUCUGAUUGAACAAGUCUUUCAUCAAUCGUAACGAAUCUGGAGGAUACGAAAGAACCGGCUCGAUUGGUUAGUUGGUAACCAGACUCCGGUUUACUUAAAACACAUUCUGGUACCGGUUUUUAGCAAAGAGAU